UUUUUUUCUUACAUAUAUAUAAAGAGGUUCCAUCUAGAAUAUAUAAGCUCUUUCUCUCUUUCUUUUUCUCUCUCUCUCUUUAUUUUUUUAUAGCAAAGCUUAAAGAAUGAAUUCUUGGAAAUUACCCGGUGUUAGAAAAAAUAAGGAACCUUCAACACCUUUACGCCCACCCGCACCUGCUGUUACCUCUCAGCACUCGAACAGCUCCACACCUUCACCAUCUGCCUCUUCUUCCGCCAAUGAACCCAAAUCGGGUGUGCUCUUAAUUCGUGUAUGUGAGGGUAGAGGUAUCUCUCCACCCGCAGGUGUCAAAUUACCCGCUGUUCCUCCUCAACCAGCAAUGGUACAAGGCCGUGCUAAUCGGGAUUCUUUGACUCGCAAGCAGAAUUGGUGGUUGCCUUAUGUUGUAUUGGAGUUUGAUAAGAACGAAGUCUUAAUUGACUCCUUGGGGGGUGAUACAGCCAACCCCAUCUACCAGCACCGAGCCCAUUUUGAUGUUUCGCGCAGCUCGGAAGUGUCGAUAUCUAUUUACAUGCGUCACCCACCAACAGCGCAUGGAGAAACACCACGCACAACCAACGACUUCUUCUUGGGCGGUGUCAAGAUCCAGCCGAAUUUCGACAGCACAAAGAUCGAAGACCAAGUACUUCCUAUUGUAGGAGGAACAGGCGCUAUGCAUUUGCAGCUGUGCUAUCGACCUCAGCAAGUGAGUACGCCCAUUACAUUUGACGCGUUUGAUCUGUUGCGAGUGAUUGGACGAGGUAGUUUUGGUAAGGUCUAUGUGGUGCGUAAAAAGGACACAAAUCGAAUCUAUGCCAUGAAAGUCUUGCGUAAAUCUCGCAUCAUUUCUCGUUCUGAAGUCACCCAUACAAUGGCCGAAAAGACCGUACUGGCCAAGAUUCGAAAUCCAUUUAUUGUUCCCCUCAAGUUUGCCUUCCAGUCGCCCGAUAAACUCUAUCUUGUCCUUGCCUUUAUCAAUGGUGGUGAGUUGUUCCAUCAUUUACAGUUGGAAGGAAGGUUUGAUGAGAAUCGCUCUCGAUUCUACACAGCUGAGCUUCUGUCUGCGCUAGAGUGUCUCCAUGACUUUAAUGUCGUCUACCGUGACUUGAAGCCAGAGAAUAUCUUGAUUGAUUAUAAUGGACACAUUGCGUUGUGUGAUUUUGGGCUGUGCAAACUCAACAUGAAGGAGAACGAGCGUACAAACACAUUUUGCGGCACACCCGAAUACCUUGCACCUGAAUUACUACUAGGACAAGGGUACACAAAGACUGUGGAUUGGUGGACAUUAGGUGUUCUCUUGUAUGAGAUGAUGACGGGUUUACCUCCGUUCUAUGACGAGAAUACCAAUGAAAUGUACCGUAAGAUUUUACAGGACGAGUUACGUUUCCCGGAAGAUAUGAGUGCUGAUGCAAGAUCCUUGUUACGAGGACUGUUGACACGUGAUCCCAAUGAGCGAUUAGGCAAUAAUGGAUCUGAAGAGAUCAAGAACCAUGCGUUCUUUGCAUCGAUUGACUGGCGUAAAUUAAAUCAAAAGAAAUUACAACCUCCCUAUAAACCAUCCGUUGAUUCAGCCUAUGAUACCACCAAUUUUGAUGAUGAAUUUACAUCAGAGGCUCCUCAGGAGUCCUUGGUCGAUGAUUCUCAAAUCUCCAGUACUAUGCAAGAACAAUUUGCAGGCUUCACUUAUAAUCCUGCCAACGAUGGUGUCAUGGGCGAAAGUUAUACAGGUUCUUCUCAAGUUGGCAGUCACAGUGCUUCUCAAGGUCCCUCUUGGUAGUCCUAUUUUUCCACGUGUUGUGAUAAAAUAAUAAAAAAAAAAAAA